GACUAGCUAUCAGACCGACUACUUCCCAGCCGAGCAUAGCAGAGAGCAGUCAACCCGUCGUGUCUCUACCCGAGGCCGGAUGGUAAAAUCCAACCUCCAGCGGAUCCUAAACAGUCAUUGCUUUGCUCGUGAGAAAGAAGGAAAACAACAGUCUAUUACCACAAUGUCGGAUUUAAGUAGCGGUAUCUGUGACAUGAUUGGGAACUUGUCCCUGCACUGUAGUAGUACCCGCGGUCCAGGGCCUCUGUGGUGCUCCGAUGUCCCUCUCCCACCCCUGAAGAUCCCAGGUGGGCGAGGGAAUGGCACACGGGAUCACACUCCUUCAGCUCGGCUGGUCUACUCAGACCGAAAGUUGACUGUAACGGAGGAGCCAGCAGGGAAUGGUCGCCCUGGGAUACUCCACUUUCAGACUCACCCCACUGUUUCCAAGACGGUACAGUGGGACGCUGUCCUGAGCAGCAGCGCUCUGUAUGUGGAGAUACCACUCGACCCUCUUCCUGAAGGCAGCAAGGAGAGUUUCGCGGCUCUUCUGGAGUAUGCUGAAGAACACCUGAAAGUCGUUAGUGUGUUUGUCUGCUUUUACAAGAGCAGAGAUGAUCGAGCCAAACUGGUGCGUACCUUCAGUUUUCUGGGCUUUGAGAUUGUGAAACCGGGCCACGCCCUCGUCCCACCUCGACCCGACGUUUUCUUCAUGGCCUACAGUUUUGACAGGGACUCCUCGGACGAGGAGUAGCCAUCUGGACACCCCAACCUUACCUCCCAUGAUGCGUUUUGCCCAUCCCAUUCCAGCUUAUUCAUAUUCACCACCGUCUGUGUGACACUUUCAGCGGUAUCUAUCUGAAUCCAAGUAUUCUUUCCCCCCCACCUGAUUUAUUCAAGGGAAUGAAUAUGUGAGCUGUGCAUCUUCUUUUCCCCCUCCCAACAUUUAUCUUUGUGUGUGUUUUAAUAAACUGUUUCCAUUUAAGAUAGAUUGGUCUUGUCACCUGAACUGGAGGAAACUUUUGUGUUGUUUUUUUUUGGACUUGCAAUCUUAUUGCAGUUAUCAUAGCUGUAAGUUAAGUUUCCCUUAAUUUCAUUCUUGUUUUAUUUCCUUUGAUGAUGGAUAAAGAAAGAGAAAUCUUCAUUUCUUGAAUGUACAACUAAAGGUCAUCAGGUUUAAACUCGGGUACAGCUUUUUUCCGUUGUAACGAUUGGCUAAGUAAUGACAUUAAAAAUAUUUGUUCAUAUACAUGUCAGUGUGACCAGUUUAAUUUUGUAUCACUGGUGCCCCCCCCCCCUUAAAAGUAUUAUUGUUUUUUAAACGUUACUUUUGAGCGACAGCCCCAAUAAUUGGUACUUCAUAGCUGAUUAGUGAAUCCAUUUAGUGUAGAAUGGAGUGAAAAAGACGAGUGCUGUUGCAUGUGCUGACUUCAAGUUCAAGAUCCUACGAUGAGUGUAUUGGUACAGAGUGAAAGGAAAGUGAAUGAUCCAAAGUGCUUUUGCUUCUUUCUGCCAUGUUUAUCUGACAAUAUUCUAGUGUUUUAUUUUGGAGGUUGAAAAAUGUUGCUGUGAAUGGAUUCUUAUCUCAUUUUUUUUCCUUCUUUCCUUUUUGGAUUGGCAUUCCUUUUCAACUUUAUGUUAGUUGUUCACCUGCAUAGUGGUACCUGUUGUGCAUCUGUGAUAAUAAAACAAACAAAAACAA